AUGCCUUGUACAAUAGAGGCGUUUCUCAAGACCAUCGAAGAUGCUGAAGACGAUCUGAAGGCUGGGAAGAACAACGAUUUUAUCAUGAAAUUCAAAACAACUUCAGCAAAUGCGCUCCUCGUGAAAAUCAUCAAUGAAAGUCAGAAAAAUGCGGCGAUUCCGAAAUUCAUCUUCCAUCCAAAUAUUGUGUUAGAACUAUUGGAUCAAGAAGUUCGACAUUCCAAACAAUUAGAAGAAUCAAUCGAAAAGGUUUUCAAAAUCACUGAUUCUUCUAUUGGAGUUUUUGCAAGGAUCGGAAAAUCGACUGUAAAUCUUUAUGGGCCAUAUCAACAACGAUUUAGUGUAGAACCAAAUGACAGGCACAAGUGAGUUACUUUUAAAGAUGUUUUUCGUAAAUUUUUAUUUUUUUAGAAACAAUCAUGGUCAAAUCAAAGAAACAAUCGAUAAAGUCAUGUUGGUUAGGAAUUGUGGUGUAAAUAAAGUUUGCUUCGAAGAUUUUCAAAUCGUUGUUCGCACAAUUUUAUGCGCGAAAUGGUGUGCAAAAUGUCUAGAAGCAAUACUGACCAAAAUUUCGAUGAAUUCAAAACCAAGCUUAAAACACAAUUCGAAUAUUUCCGAGUUCGUCAAAUGUAUUUUAUCUGGAUAUGAGAAUAAGGUUGUAUGGGUUAAUGAACAAGGAAAUGAAUAUGCAACAAAUUCAUAUUGGAAAGAUCAUCCUGAACAAUUGAUAAUUCAAAAAUCUCACGAUUUCACGGAUUUGGAUAGACUUGAGGAUGAUGAGAUUCAAGUGUUGGUAAAUUUUCAAUUUUUUUGCAAAAUUUUCUUGGAUAAAAACUAUUUUUCUUUACAGGAAGUCAAUGUUCAAAUCAAAAAUCCUUCUUCACUGCCAGAAAUUCAAAAAUCUUCAAAUGUUCAGAAAGAACUUGUUCGAAAUCCCGGUACCUUUGGAGAAAUCCAGGCAGAGUUUUUAGAAAAACUUAGGCUUCGCUCAGAUUACCUAUACGAAUUGGGCGACGAAAAAAUGGAAGAAACGAGUGAAGAACAAGAUUGUAUUAAGGAAAUUUUGAAUUUCUAUGAAGAUUCAGAAGAAGUUCUUGAAGAUAUUGAAGAAUUUGAUGAAGAAGAGGAAGAGGAAGAUGAUGGAAGUGAGAAUGAAGAUGAAGAGGAAGAUAUUACAAUUCCAUAUACUUCUAAAAGGCGAACAAAUCUAGAACCAAAAAAUAUUGAACCUUCCGAGAAGAAAUCGAGAAAUGAGAAAGAAAAACCGGAUGAAGAAGAUAUUCCAACAAGUUCGAGUUCUAGACGGCGAAAAAGCCUAGCACCAAAAAAGAUUACACCUUCCAAGAACAUAUCGAAAGAAGAAAGAGAAAAACCCGAUGAAAAUGUAGAAGAGAUUAACACUCCGAGUUCUAGGAAACGAAGAAGUCAAGAGCUGAAAAAGAUUACACCUUCGAAAAAAAUAUCGAAAAAUGAAGGAGAAAAUCAUGAACAACCUGAGGAAGAUGACGACUUGGGAUUGAUAGAUAUGGAAUAUUUUUUGUAA